GCAAGUUUUUUCCUUUCUAAUUUAUCUAAGAAAACGGGCGACCCGACCGGCAAUAUGGAUUACCAGUAUCCGCCCCUAGUUGCAGCAAACACAACCAAAGAAGAUGGCGUAAGCCCAGAGGCCAUACCGUUAAAAGACAAAAUCCUGAAAAAACCCAGACACGCUUCAGAGUCCUGAAAAGAUUCAUUAAAUUUUGCCCAACACUUCUUCCUUUCAUCUUCUUUUACACUUGAACCUCUUUUUGAUCCUUACCCAUCUCCCUAAUUCUUGGAUUGGAUAUUCUCAUAGAAGAAGAAGAUAAAAUAAAGAUGGCGUUUGAUGUAGAGUCUUUGGCAGAGGCAACAUCGGGAGCCAUUGGAGCUCUGGUUAGCACCACCAUUUUAUACCCUCUCGACACUUGUAAAACCAAGUAUCAAGCUGAAGUUAGGGCUCACCAUCUACAAAAAUACAGGAACAUUUCUGAUGUUCUGUGGGAAGCAAUUUCUACCGGUCAAGUUCUUUCAUUAUACCAGGGUCUUGGGACAAAAAAUCUGCAGUCUUUUAUUUCACAGUUUAUCUAUUUUUAUGGAUACAGCUUCUUUAAGAGGCUGUACUUGGAGAAAAGUGGAUGCAAGGCCAUUGGUACAAAAGCAAACUUGAUUGUUGCUGCCGCUGCCGGGGCAUGUACUGUUAUAAUUACACAGCCCUUGGAUACAGCAUCCUCAAGAAUGCAGACAAGUGAAUUUGGGAAGUCCAAAGGACUUUGGAAGACACUUUCAGAGAGCUCUUGGAGGGAAGCAUUUGAUGGUCUUGGCAUAUCUCUUCUCUUGACUUCAAAUCCAUCUAUUCAGUAUACUGCAUUUGAUCAAUUGAAAGAAAGACUACUUAAGGGGCAGCUAAAAGAGAAAACAGGUACACAGUCAUCCUCAGAGUCUCUUUCAGCCUUCUCUGCAUUUGUACUCGGUGCAGUCUCAAAGUGUGUUGCAACGUUCUUGACUUACCCAGCUAUAAGGUGUAAGGUCAUGAUUCAAGCUGCAGAAUCAGAUGAUAAUGAUGAAACAAAGGAAGCUCAAUCAAUAAAUCAAAAGACACUUUCUGGUGCACUCUAUUCCAUUUGGAAAAGAGAAGGCCUGCUGGGUUUUUACAAAGGAUUAGAAGCCCAAAUCUUGAAAACUGUCCUAAGCUCGGCAUUGCUUCUAAUGAUAAAGGAGAAGAUCUCAAAGACCACAUGGGUCUUAAUUCUUGUAGUCAGAAGGUAUCUUUUUAUGACCCAAACCAGAUUAAAGAGGGCUUAACGACAGCCAGUAGUGUAGCGUACCAUUCAUGUAAAUACAGAGGCUCCUAAAUUCAUUUGCCUUAAGGAAGAAAUUUUAGCAAAUUCUAUAAUUUUGGUUGGCAUUGGAGGCCAACUUUUGUUCCUGCGGAUGGAAGAUUCAUGUUGCAACCGCAAUAAGUUUGUUCUAUACAGUAUAAUGGUUUUAGGCUUACCAGCCUGGAAGUAAAAUUCUUUUACAUUGCUUCAGCUGCUAGCAUUGAAUUUACUCAAUUUUACAACCAAAGAUCGAGUUUCUCCUUUCUCUUUCGAUC